CUUCUCUGCGAUAAGGAUGAACUGAGUUGCAGGAACGCCAGCAGCUGUGUGAGUAAGAGUAGACAGAGAGCAGCUGGAAAUUAUGGGGAAUGAUAUGAUAAUAUCUUAAGUUUCUUACUUUUUAUCAGCUGAAUUAUUUCUUCUAUAGCUUUAUUUGUGUAUUUCACAAAAAACAAAACUUUUCCUACAGUUAGUGUCUGUAGUUAGGUUUUGUUGGAGAAAAUUACUUUUUCUAACCAAAAUGGCUAUUUCUUAAAAAUAUUAAGACUUCAGUUUUAGAAAUUCAAAAGGUUUAAUUUGUCAUAAUUUUUUGGGCAAAAAAAAAAAAAAAAAGUAAAUUUAGCAAAUAGACAAAAGGUUUUUUUUUUUUUAGAUCAAAAUGCUGCUGGCUCUGCUUCUGGUUUUAAACUUUUCCUAUAAGAUUCUGUCGUCUGAGUCAUCUUCAGUAACUCUCCAAUACCGAGUUUGGGAGGAGCAGCCAGCAGGAACUCAGGUCGGCCGUCUGUUAGACGACCUCCGCCAGAGGGAUGAAUUUGGUUCUCUAGAGGAUUUCCAUGUGGUGGAGCAGGUGAAGGCCCUUCCUUUCUCUGUCACCACACGGGAUGGAGUUGUGACCACCCAAGGCCAACUGGACAGGGAGGAGCUGUGUAGGGGAUCAGACCUUUGUGAGGUGGCCUUCAGCGUCCUCUACAGAAAAAAGGGAGCUGUGAACUACCUGCGGGUUCGUGUUGAGGUGAUGGACUUAAACGAUCACAGUCCCAGCUUCUCAAACACCACACAAGAAGUGGAAAUCUCAGAGACUGCACCCCUUGGGAUGCGUAUACCUCUAGAUCGAGCAUUUGAUCCUGAUGCCGGGCCCAACGGCCUCCACAACUAUUCCCUUUCAGUCAAUCAACACUUUGCUUUGGAGGUGACAGAUGCUCCAGGAGGAUCAAAACAACCAGACCUGGUGGUGAUCAAAGAACUAGACAGGGAGGCUGAAGACUCCUUUGACUUGAUUCUGGUAGCAUAUGAUAAAGGGAAUCCACCAAAAUCUGGGAGCAUGUUAGUCCAUGUCACAAUUCAGGACUCAAAUGAUAACAGCCCGGCUUUUAAGGAAACUAGUCUUACUGUGACUCUAAGUGAGGAUACAACCAUUGGGACAACCAUCAUCAAGCUUACAGCAACUGACCCGGACCAAGGUGCCAACGGGGAGGUGGAAUACUUGUUCAGUAAGCACACACCUUCAGAGGUUCAAAAGAUCUUCCAUUUGGAUUCACAUACUGGAGAUUUGAUUUUAAAGGCCCUUCUCGACUAUGAGAGGGAGGCAUCCUAUGAGCUCAACAUACAGGCUAUUGAUCAUGGUCCCAAUAGUAUGCCAAGUCAUUGUAAACUACAUAUUAAACUUGUAGAUGUAAAUGAUCACGCACCAAGAAUCAGCACGUCAUGGGUUACACACAAUUCAGCUGUCCCCACGGUGUCGGAAAUAGAACCUCCUGGUACGUUUCUUGCACUGGUGACAGUUAAUGAUGCAGAUUCAGGAAAAAAUGGAGAAGUGAGAGUGAUUAUUCAAGAAGGAUCUGGCCCAUUCCAUCUUAAAUACAGCGAUCAUAAUAAUUAUUUGAUUGUGACAAAUGAUUACCUGGAUCGAGAGAAGGUUAUGAAGUAUAACAUAACGCUAAUCGCUCAGGACAAUGGAAAUCCACCUUUAGUAACUGUUGAAAACCUACCAGUUAAUGUCCUAGAUGAAAAUGACAAUACCCCAAUAUUUUCUGCCUUGAUUUAUAAGGCUUCAGUUAAGGAGAACAAUGUUCUAGGGCUAGAAGUUCUUGAAGUUAAAGCCAGUGAUAGAGACCAGGGACUCAAUGGAAAAGUUUCCUACCAGAUUAAGAGGCCUAUUGACCAGGAAAGUUUUUCAAUUCAUCCAACAACUGGAAUCAUAAGAGUACUUCGCAGUCUAGACUAUGAGGAAUUUCACAGCUACUCUUUCCUUGUGUUGGCUGUGGACUAUGGAUAUCCUCCUUUGACAGGUACUACCACAAUCCGAAUUGAUGUUGAGGAUCUGAAUGACAACACUCCCAUCAUUACAGAACCACCACCAAAAAAUGGGGUGGUCUCUGUGAGUGUCCCAGUGAAUGCACACAAAGGGGAGAUUGUGUCUGAGCUUGGAAAUGACAGGGAUGAAAAGAACACUUUGCCAAUCAAUCAAGCAGUCACACAUGGAUUUAAUGGAUUUCUUGCAACCACAAUUAAAGCUGAAGAUCCAGACUCAGGACUCAAUGGAAAACUAAAGUACAUAGUUUCAAACACAAACCCAAAUGACUUCUUCUGGAUGGAUCAAGACGCAGGCCAAUUAUUUGUCAAUGUCACAAAUGCCACUGAGCUUAUUGGGAAAACUUUUACAAUGGAUCUUUCUGUAUCGGACAUGGGCAUCCCCAGUUAUGAGAUUAAGGCUACUCUUGAGGUGACUUUCAUCAGUCUCCAUGACCACUUGAAAAACUCAUCACCAGGAAACCGAGGACAGCUUAGCUUCACCAUGAUGAUGGCCAUUUGCCUGGCUGCCACAUGCCUUCUUCUUUUGUUGGCCAUCUCGUUGGUGACAACAUUUUGCCGACCUGAGAAACGGGAAAAAUGUGCUUACAACUGUAGACAAGCUGAGUCAAGCUACACCCGGCAUCCUCGACGGCCCCAGAAGAACAUAAGAAAAUCAGACAUCCAGCUGAUUCCAGUAAUCAGAGGACGAAAAGAAGAGCCGGCCGAUGACAGUGAGGUUGAGCCUCUAACUCCUGCUCUGCUACCAGAAGAUCAAAAAACUGAGAAGGAGUAUAACUUUGUACCACCAGUUAUGAACACUAGCCUUCAUUCCCAAGGCUAUCCAGAGGGGGAUUCCUCUAAACAUGUCACCCAUCACUGCAAAGCUCUUAGGAAACCUGCAAAUAUUGAACUUCAAGGGACUUUGUCCUUGACACCAGCUGCAUCAUACCAGACCCUGUGCAAAACAAGAAACCCUUCCUCCUCCUCUUCAGUGUCAUAUUAUAGCACAUUGAGAUGUAACAAGCUGCACCCAGAGGAACAGAGAGCAUCCCAAGUGACUCUAAGGAGGCCAAAGACACCAGAUAGCCAGCACAAUGCAGAGCACCAGCAAAUUCUUCAAAACUUGGUUCGUCUCUCAAUGGCUGCAUUUGGAGAGGACAUCGAGCUUUCCUCAGCUUCCCCAGAAGUGCAGAUCUCUCAGCUCCUCUCCCUGCUUCGGCAGGGUCAGCUGCAGCCAAGGACAAACUUCAGAGGAAAUAAGUAUUCCCAUCGGAACUGCAGAUAUGGAGGACAGGACUGCUCUGAUUGGCAAAGUACCAAAGACAGUGGACAUGGAGAGAGUGAAGCUGGUGAUGUGGACUGGGAAGCAGGAAGAGACUCACCUAUAGACCAACAUCUAGAGGAAGGGCUCAAUCUCCUCAACAGCCCAGAUGAUGUUUUCUCAGAGGGCAGCGACCCAGCUUGGAUGGCUAGGCUAUCCUUGCCACUUGAAGCCGAUUACCAUGAAAAUAUUUUUGUCCCAAAUGGUCCUUUAUCCCCUGAAAGUGAGCUCCCUCCACGGACUGGCCUGAACUCCACCUCAUCCUUCUCUACCUUUGGUAAAACUCCAGAGAAGGAUGGCCAACUGGGCGAAGCUUUGCUGUCGGAGGUCAGUACGCUGUUUGAGAUGUUAAUGGCGCAGAAGGCUGACACCCACCCAGGCCCUCGGCCUGACGUCCUGUACAGGCUGUCAGCAGCAUAUCGACGUUCUUUGGGUUUGGACACCACUGCAAUGGCUGCAGGCAACACCCUAAAAAACUGCUCUGAAAAGAGACCGGCUGUGGCCUCAAAGCAUCAGUACCAUUGACAAUAACAUGCAUAAUAAUCGCACAGAAGACUGGAGGGAAACUGGGACCCUAAUCAGAGAAAUGUUUUGACUAAAACUUGUAAUAAAAUUUUUUAGCAUUUUUUUGUUAUAUAGAAGAAAAGUUGCAGAUGACAUCGGGAGCAGUAUUGGGGAAAGAAGCGGUUAGUUUUCCACUUUUUGAUAGAUUCAUUAGCAGAAAAUAGAAAAGAAAAACUGUCAUUUUCACUAUUCACAGUUAUUUAGAAUUGCAAGGAUUCCACCUUGUGUUCAACCUUUUUUACUCAAAAAAAUAGUU